AACAGUACCUCUUGUCUCACCCUCACUUGUCCACCCCAGUCAUCCUCUACACAUCUCUGAAGACAUCUAUUUGCUCUCUACACAACACACUAGUGAUCAGCAAGUGUUCUCAUACUAGAAGACACUGCUUCCUGGACAGCUGAUUAAGAGGCCCUUCUGAUUCAGAUGCUGAAGAAGGCAAAGGACAAUGGCCUCCAGGCUGAGAGUGGUUGGAAGCCUGUUGUCUGGUCUUUAGCUGUUGAGGCCCUUGCUGGUACAGAGAGUGAGAGUGGCAGGGUUAGGAAGGAGGUGAAGCAUGUUAGGUCUUGGUUUCACAGAUACAAGAAGAGCUUUCCUCUUUAUAAGGAAAUGGUAGAGCUUGUAGAAGGGAUUGUAGCUGAUGGAAGGGGUGCAUUCUGGCCUAGCCAGAAUACACAGACUUCAGGCAUGCCUAGUCUACAGGCUGCCAGCUCUAGUUCUCUUGCAAGCAACAAGACUUCUUCUGUCUCAGCUGUGCCAAAGAGUUUGGAAGAUAUCUCUGACUUUGAGUCAGACACUGGUGGAGACAACACUCAGUACACUAAGACUCUCCCUACAACUUCCAGUACUGCUUCUAAGUGUGUAGUAUCCUUAGAGCCAGAGGUUACAGCUAUAAAGAAGAGGCCUCGAACUUCAGGAGCCAACACAAUAAUAAGCCUCAGCAAGUCAAUCGAAACAGUAGUGGACACAACACCUACCAAAACAACUUCCUGGAUUCUAGAGACAUCUCUACAACAUAGGACAGCUGCUAUUCGAGCAAUUGAGGUGGAUGAGGAAUUGUCUGACAAUGAUAUGGUAGAUGUAGCAGAAAUGAUACAUGAGCACACUAGUAUUGCUGAUACUUAUCUUGCUUUGCAAAAUAAGGAUCACUGUACUACUUAUUUGCAGAAAUCCCUUGCUAGGUACAAAGGCAUGUAAAUUAGUUUUAUUUUGUAAUAUCUUGACUACUUUCCCUCUGAAUUCAAUAUGUCAAUC